CAGCGAAAAUGAAAAGUGGAAAACCGAAAUGUAUAAAAUACAGACAAGCGGGAUUCGGUUUCAUGUAGCUGUGCCUGUCUCUGUCAUCGCCUUUCCUCUUUCGGUCUCCUCUCCAUUCUCCAAGCUCGAUUAUUAUUUAUUCAUUUGGGUUUAUAUUUUUCAGACCUUUGCCCCUAUCAACCCUCGUUUUCCCUGGGUGAAGAUAUCAACAACGAACAACCCAGCGCAGAGAAAGAUCAGGAAGAGGAAAAGCCCUAAAUUGGUAGUUUGGGGGUUGGGCAGUAAUGGAAAUCGCAGCGGCACCGUCGACCUCGUACGGUGGCGAGAAAGACAGGGGCAAUAUCACCGUCGAGAGCUUCGAAGGUUCGUCAUCGUCCCCUUCUAGUCCCGCCAACACCGACAAUAACAUAUCUAGCAAGUACGAUGACGAGGAGGACGAAGAGGACGUUUGCCGGAUUUGUCGAAAUCCGGGCGAUGCCGAGAAUCCUCUUCGGUAUCCCUGCGCUUGUAGUGGGAGUAUCAAAUUUGUCCAUCAAGAUUGUCUCCUCCAGUGGCUUAACCACAGCAACGCUCGCCAGUGCGAGGUCUGCAAGCAUGCAUUUUCUUUCUCUCCUGUUUAUGCUGAAAAUGCUCCAGCAAGGCUUCCUGUUCAGGAAUUUGUAGUUGGAAUGGCUAUGAAGGCAUGCCACGUUCUCCAGUUCUUUUUACGCCUUGCAUUUGUGCUCUCUGUGUGGCUCCUAAUAAUACCCUUCAUCACGUAUUGGAUAUGGAGACUGGCUUUCGUGAGGAGUCUUGGUGAAGCUCAUAGACUAUUUCUCAGUCAUAUGUCCACUACAGCCAUCCUUACUGACUGUCUCCAUGGGUUUCUGCUUUCUGCUAGCAUUGUUUUUAUUUUUCUGGGAGCCACUUCUUUGAGGGAUUACUUCAGACAUCUCCGAGAACUUGGUGGGCAGGAUGCUGAAAGAGAAGACGAGGGUGAAAGAAAUGGUGCUCGUGCUGCAAGAAGACUGCCUAUCCCUGCUAAUAGGGUUAAUGUUGGUGAAGGGAAUGGUGAAGAUGUCGGUGGAGGGCAAGGUAUUGCUGGAGCUGGUCAAAUCAUUAGAAGAAAUGCAGAAAAUGUUGCUGCCCGAUUGGAAAUGCAGGCUGCACGUCUUGAAGCGCAUGUUGAACAGAUGUUCGAUGGUUUGGAUGAUGCUGAUGGUGCAGAAGAUGUACCAUUUGAUGAGCUUGUUGGCAUGCAAGGGCCUGUUUUUCAUUUGGUCGAAAAUGCAUUUACUGUUCUAGCAAGCAAUAUGAUAUUCCUUGGUGUUGUAAUCUUUGUGCCAUUUUCAUUAGGUCGGAUUGUCCUCCAUUACAUAUCUUGGCUCUUCUCAGCAACAAGCCCAGCGUUAUCAACAGUCAUGCCACUUACAGAUUCAACCCUCUCCUUGGCAAAUGUUACAUUGAAGAAUGCAUUAACUUCUGUUACGAAUUUGUCAUCUGAAAGUCAUGGUGAUGGUCUUCUUGGUCAUGUUAUGGAAGUGGUCACAGAAUCCUUGAAUGCAAGCAUGAGUGGUAUAGAUGAAGUCUCAGACAGUAUUAGCAAACAAGCUUCAACAGACAUAUUUAAAGGGGUGGCUAUUGGAACAUCACGCUUUUCUGACGUUACUACUCUUGCCAUUGGAUACAUGUUUAUAUUCUCUCUGGUUUUUUUCUACCUUGGCAUUGUUGCUUUAAUUCGCUACACUAGGGGUGAGCCUUUGACCAUGGGGAGGUUCUAUGGCAUUGCGUCUUUAGCAGAAGCAGUUCCAUCCCUUGUCAGACAAUUUCUGGCAGCAAUGAGACAUUUAAUGACCAUGAUUAAGGUUGCUUUCCUUCUGGUGAUUGAACUUGGGGUUUUUCCUCUUAUGUGUGGGUGGUGGCUGGAUGUUUGUACCAUAAGGAUGCUUGGGAAGACGAUAUCUCAGAGGGUUGAGUUCUUUUCUGUCUCUCCUUUAGCAAGCUCGUUGGUACAUUGGGUUGUAGGAAUCGUGUAUAUGCUACAAAUAAGCAUUUUUGUCAGCCUUCUUCGAGGGGUUUUGCGUAACGGGGUUCUAUACUUUCUAAGGGAUCCUGCUGAUCCAAAUUAUAAUCCAUUUCGUGACCUCAUUGAUGACCCUGUGCACAAGCAUGCUCGUCGGGUUCUAUUGUCUGUUGCUGUAUAUGGGAGCUUGAUUGUGAUGCUGGUGUUUUUACCAGUCAAACUUGCCAUGCGCUUAGCACCUUCCAUGUUCCCAUUAGAUAUUUCUGUAUCUGAUCCAUUUACUGAGAUUCCUGCAGACAUGCUGCUGUUUCAAAUCUGUAUACCAUUUGCUAUUGAACAUUUUAGACUACGAGCAACAAUCAAAUCACUUCUCCGGCAAUGGUUUACUGUAGCUGGCUGGGCACUGGGAUUGACCGACUUCUUGCUGCCUAGACCUGAUGAUAAUGGUGGACAGGAAAAUGGAAAUGCUGAACCGAUAAGGCAGGACAGACUACGUGAUGUACACCGAGGUGUAGCUCUGCAGCAAGAUCGGCCCUUGGUAGCACUUGCUGAAGAUUCAAACAGAGGCAUUCAUAUGCCAGGAAACUCCAAUAUUGCUGAAGAGUAUGAUGGUGAUGAGCAAGCUGAUUCUGAUAGGUACAGUUUUGUACUCCGGAUUGUGCUGCUGUUGGUGCUUGCAUGGAUGACGCUGCUUCUCUUCAACUCAGCCUUGAUAGUUGUACCCAUUUCACUUGGGCGUGCAAUUUUCAAUGCUGUUCCUCUUCUCCCGAUUACUCACGGCAUCAAGUGUAAUGAUCUGUAUGCAUUCAUUAUUGGAAGCUAUGUCAUAUGGACUGUUGUAGCUGGAGCCAGGUAUUCUAUUGAGUAUGUUCAAACAAGGAGAGCAGGGAUCCUUCUGAAACAAAUCUGGAAAUGGUGUGGUAUAAUCCUCAAGAGUUCUGCUUUGUUGUCGAUAUGGAUAUUUGUCAUUCCGGUAUUGAUUGGUCUUCUAUUUGAGCUUUUGGUGAUUGUGCCAAUGCGGGUGCCUGUGGAUGAAAGCCCGGUUUUCCUCUUGUAUCAGGACUGGGCACUAGGACUCAUUUUUCUCAAGAUCUGGACCAGACUGGUUAUGCUGGAUCACAUGACACCUCUGGUGGAUGAGAGCUGGCGGAUAAAGUUUGAGAGGGUGAGAGAGGAUGGAUUCUCCCGCUUGCAAGGGCUUUGGGUUCUCCGGGAGAUUGUAAUCCCAAUUUUGGUGAAGCUCCUAACAGCCCUAUGUGUUCCCUAUGUUUUCGCACGGGGGGUCUUUCCUGUACUUGGCUAUCCAUUAAUAGUUAACUCAGCCAUCUACCGAUUUGCUUGGUUGGGUUGCCUAAGUUUUAGCUUGCUGUGCUUCUGUGCCAAGAGGUUCCAUGUGUGGUUCACCAACCUCCACAAUUCUAUUCGGGACGACCGCUAUCUGAUUGGCCGAAGACUGCAUAACUAUGGGGAAGACAUAGCAGAGAAGCACAGUGAGGGUGAGAUUGUUCCAGAGACACUAGAUACAAAUUUGCAGGAUUCUGGAUUAAUCCAACGUGAGCAAGAGGCUGAUGUAGGUAUGAGACUGAGGCGAGCAAAUAGGCGCAACAUCCAAAAUAACAGGCAGGUUGUAUAGAUAGUUGAGUCGUGUGAGGCGGCAGGAAGAUCAAGCGCUUGUCUCACCUUUUAUUGUUAUGGUUGCUGCAUAUAUACUCUUAAACCUUGGAGGUGAUUCGGCAUCCCUGUUGUGCAUAUAUAUAUAUAUAUAUAUAUAUAUAUAAAUCUUGAUAACUAGCAUUGUUGUUAAGAGUUGAGAUAACUCCCCAUGCUUGUGCAGGGAGAAUUAUUGAGACAUCAAAUUUGCACAUUUGGAUGUGAUAUUGUGUCUAACCUGGAGGAGAAUGGGAAUUCUUCUGAAUGAGUUUUAGAAAGUAGAGAUAAUGUAAUGGAUCAUGUUUUCUGAUCAAUGUGAUUGAGCAUUUGAACGGUUAAGUCCCUAGAAGAUGGAGGUUCUUGUGCAAGUAUUUCUAAAGCAUCUUUGUUCCAACAAAUCAAGGCCUCUUCAAACUGUGUUUUUAGUAAUAUUGAAACUUAAACCUUCAAAGGAAAAAUAUCUAAAUGUAGGGGCUACUGACCUUAAUUGUGA